UAGUGAAGCGAAAUGUCAAAACAAAGUAGUUUAGUUUUCCUACUCGACAGAUCGCAUUUUAAAACAACGAAAAUAUCAACUUUUUGAGGAUUUCCGACGAUGUCUGUGCCUAGGAUUAUGGUCUUCCGACCAACCUGGGAUGAGUUUCAAGAUUUUCCUGGUUACAUAAACUAUAUGGAAUCGAAGGGAGCCCAUAAAGCGGGUUUAGUGAAGGUGAUACCUCCUCCAGAGUGGAUACCUCGAAAGCAAGGAUAUGAUUUAAAAAACAUAAAUGUUACUAUUCGGACACCGAUUUCGCAGGUGGUGUCUGGUAUGCAGGGACUGUAUCAGCAACUCAAUAUCCAGAAACGCUCCAUGACAGUGCAAGAGUUCUACAGUAAAACUCGUCAGGAACGACAUGCCACACCGAAGCAUUUUGAUUACGAAGAUUUAGAGAAAAAGUUCUGGAAGAAUGUCACAUACGUGGCACCGAUAUAUGGUGCGGAUGUACCCGGUAGUCUGACUGAUGCAGAUGUGAAGGUUUGGAAUAUUAACUCUCUUGGAACAAUCCUGGAUUAUGUCAAUGCAGAUUACAACAUAUCAAUAGCCGGUGUAAAUACGGCUUAUCUUUAUUUCGGUAUGUGGAAGACCACUUUUGCAUGGCAUACGGAAGAUAUGGAUUUGUACUCCAUUAAUUUCUUGCAUUUCGGGGCACCUAAGACCUGGUAUGCGAUUCCACCGGAGCACGGAAAGAAGCUUGAAAAACUUGCCGAACGGUUCUUUCCUGCUAAUUAUCAAGAAUGUAAAGCUUUCCUGCGACACAAAAUGACUUUAAUUAGUACACAGGUUCUGAAGCAAAAUGGUAUUCCAUUUAACAAAAUUACCCAGGAACCGGGCGAGAUCAUGAUCACUUUUCCAUACGGGUAUCAUGCUGGCUUCAAUCAUGGAUUCAACUGCGCAGAAUCCACAAACUUUGCCACGGAACGAUGGAUCGAGUAUGGAAAGCGUGCUUCGGUAUGCAACUGUCGACCUGAUAUGGUAAAAAUAUCAAUGGAGACUUUUGUAAGAAGAUUCCAAUCGGAUCGGUACGACCGGUGGCUCAAAGGGGUGGACUACGGCUAUCAUCCGGAGGACCCAAACAACUACUGUCCUGCUCCAAAACCAAGAUCUCUACCUAAAAACUAUAAGAAAAUGCAAGACCAGAUAGAGGAACAAAAGCGUGGUUGUGCCCCAAUAAAAGUGGACAAAAAAAAAAUUCCCAAGAAGUCAGAAAAAACUAAAGACAAGUUGAAAUCCAUCUGGAGCCGUUUGGAAGGUCGAGAGGGAGGUAUAGCGACUAAUCUGCUGCUUGAUGGACCGGUCAAGAACACCAACCGAAUUCGUUUUCAGACACGUACCAUUCAAUUGCUGGAUGAUUGACAUUAAAUCAUCUCAGAUUUGGUAAUCUAAUGUGUUACCAUAGAACAAAUUGUGCAAUCGAAUGAGCGGUGAAUUACGUAGCAAAUAGUAGAUAGAUAGAUUGAUACUUUCUCUCUAGUCAUGAGAGGUUUAAGGUUUUAUCAUGUUGAUCAAACGUGCUCAAAUCUCACACCAAUUAUGGGACGAAAUUAUUCGUUUAUUGUAAACGACGUUUGCCAUUUUAGUUGCUCAAACGAGUAGGAUUUUCUUUUUCGUUCCCUCUUUAAUUUGCAGAAUUUCGUUAGUCCGAAAUUUUUAUUGAAGGUUGUAACAUCGUAUUGAAUAAUUGUCAGAAUUAUUAACUUCCUAAAUAUACUUUUUUUCGCA